AAGUAUUAGCCAAUCAGCUGUCUUUCUUUCCUUCAAACUACUAAGCAACAAACAGCCCAAGCCAGAUUCUCACACAACACACCCUACAAGGUGCACACUGUCUUACAACAGCUACCACAGUCCUCACACUAACUCACCAGGAGUCAGCUAUGGAUUAUCAUCAGCAGGUUGAAGAAAUUGUGUCCACUGCCAAAAUCGGGGACUUGAUUGAAUUUUCCUACCCCAUGGGAUAUUCACACUGGGGGGUGUAUGAUGGAGAUGGACAUGUAAUCCAUUUUGCUGUUGCAGAUGAGGGGCAACUGAUGAAAAGUGUACGUACUUACCUGCAAUCAAUCUUGCCUAUAUGUGGGGACCUUCUGCUUGGGGAGACCAGGAUCCGCAGAGUGCCUCUCGGUGAGGUGAACGUCCCAAAAGGAGCCCACGUCUUGAUCAGUAACAACCGCCAUGCCUUCGCGCCAUCUGCACCUGAGGACAUGAAGUUACGGAGUAACACCCUUCUUAAUCAGGACUUCCCGUAUGAUCUUUUCGGUCUCAACUGUGAGCAUUUUGCCACGUUUGUACGCUAUGGAAAAGCUGUGUGCAACCAGAUUCCUACAAGACCUAAGAAUGUAGAGUGUGUGAAGGCAACUUCUACCUUCAACGACGCCAUCUGCUCCAAGGAAACUCCAAAAGAUGAUCUUUUGGAAUGGCUUGAAUGACUCUUAUAUUUCCCAUUUGAAUCAUUAACUGAACUCAUGCCUGGGCAAUAUUUUUUGUGCUAUUAGAGACAUGAAAAACUCAGAGCAAGUUAUAUUUGUGAAUCAUGCCAAUUUCAGGAUUUUAUUUUGUAUAGCUGGGAUGGGUUUCUUUUGUCAGUGAUAAAUAUAUACAGUAUGCAACUAACAUGUUUUUUUUUCAUUAUUGAUUAUCUGGCAAACAUUUUUUUUUAUUUUGUCUGUAAAAUGCCCAUUAUUUACAUUCCCAGAGCCAAAUAUGAGGUAUUCAUAUUUUAUCCAACCCAUCAAAUCUCAAAGAUAUUGAGGUAAAUACUAUGUAAGACAAAGAAAAGCAGAAAAUAGUAACUCUAAGAAGACGAAACCAGAUACUAAUUGUGAAGAUACCCCAGGAUUAAGUGGUAGAAAAAAAGAAAAAAACUUGAUGUGGAAAUCUGUGCGAAAGAAUGAAUAAACUUGUCAUUUAUA